CAAGCACCAAGCACCAUGCAGCCCGACGACGACGACGCCCUCGCCGCCCUCAACGCCCGCUUCCCAUGCCGCGCGCUGCAGAUCCAGCAGCUCGCUGCCAUCUACCAGCCCUCUCUCCCGAGCCCCCAAACCACCGUCGUCCACGGCCUCGCCGCAACCGGCAAAAGCUCCAUCGUCAACGCCGUGCUGAGCGCGCAUAACAUCACCCACGCUACGGUCCAGGUCCGCGAAUGCGUCACCGGAAGACACUUGCUUGAGCGCGCGCUGCUGGCUUGUUUGGACGCCCUUGAUCUGGAUGGUACAUUGGAUCGAAAGCCGUUCGCGCGCUGCGAGAAUGUCGCCGCAUUGGUGGCGCAUCUGCAGCGCCUGCUCGCAUCGCAAGCGCCCACCCGCCUCGUCCUCGUCUUCGACGACGUCGACCGCGCCCGCGACGUCCCCGCCACGCUGCUGCCAGCGCUGGCACGGCUGAGCGAAGCCGUCGCCCUCCCAGGCGCACUCAGCACCAUUCUCAUCACCGCGGCGCCACUGGGGCCGGCAACCCUGCGCGCCUCGGGCGUCCCGCACGUUGCGUUCCCGGCGUACGCGCGCGACGAGGUGCUCGCGAUCGUGGGGCGCGAUCCCCCCGCCAUCUUUGCAACGCCCCCCUCGCCCAGCAAGGGCUACACGGCGGCGCUGGCGGCCGAGGACGACGCGUGGGUGUGGGGCCGCUUUUUGGGCGUGCUGUGGGAUAGUGCGGGCAGGAGCGCGGCGCGCGACGUGCUGGGCUUUGCGGGGCUGGCGAGACGGCUGUGGCGCCCGUUUGUUGCGCCGAUUGAGGAGGGCGCGUUUGGGACGAGGGAUUUUGCGCGCUUGUUGGUUAAUCGCCGCAGUUUGUUCCAGGGCGAGGAGGGCCUCGUUGAGGGCGUUGUUGUUGCGCCGGCUAGGGGCGCGAAGACCGCGACGGUAACGCACGCCCUCCCCCUCUUCACCAAAUAUCUGCUCCUGGCCGCGUACCUGGCGUCCUACGUGCCCGCGCGGCACGACACGCGCUUCUUCAGCCAGCACAGCGCCGCCAGCGCCGCCAGCAAGCGCAAACAACAACGCACCACCAAGUCCGCGCGCAACGCGCACAAAGCCCGCCGCAGCAUCCCGCGGCAGCACCUGCUGCCGUCGCCUUUCCCACUCGACAGGCUCCUCGCUAUCGCGGCCGCGCUCAUGGGCCCUGACGACGCGGCGCUCGCGGCUGCUGGGCAGGCGGACGUGCUGGCGCAGUUGGCGACGCUGGUGAAGCUGCGCUUGUUGUUGAGGGUGGGUGCCGCUGCUGCCGGGGGGGAUGCGUUGGAUGCGGGCGCGCGGUGGAGGGCUAAUGUUUCGUGGGAGGUUGUGGUGGCGUUGGGGAGGAGUGUCGGGGUGGAGAUGGCGGAGUGGGGCGUUGGUGGGGCGUAGGGGGUUUGUCUUUUGGUGUUUGGGCGGCGUUGUGAGCGCGGUAUGGGUGUUGAGGGCGUUUUUACCUAGGGAUAGAGGCAUAGGCACAGGCAUAGGCUGCGUUGCCUGAGCGGGCGUACUGUAGGAGUUUAAAUACUUGCGUCAAAGAAGUCGGUCCACAAGAGAGAUAGAUGGCAGGCGUACAACCCAGUUAGUCCCCAUAAUGAAUUUUCAGAGCAUGAGU